GCGAAACCACAUUGCUCUGGAGCAUCACCAUUCAGUCGUGUUCUAGAUUCGGUUGCGAUCGCGUGGUUUUUCAUUGAACCUUCUGACUCAUAAACUGACCAUUAACGAAGUUGUUGAACCUCGAGGGUGUCCUAUAUAGCAGGAUAUUGCCGGAAACGUACUGACAAUUUGGCGAGAAUGAUUCGCGAGUUUAAAUGUUGUUUUUGUGUACAAGUCUUGUUAGGUGUUUGGACUGCUGUUGGAAGCUAUGCGCACUCGAUCAUAGAAAGUGAGUCUGCAGGGGGAAGCAAUGUAGCUGCCUACCGCACUGGAACGCCCAUCACGGGGCAGGAAUCGAAAUCCUUCUACAGAAUAAGCUGUCCAGGUCUGAGUGAAUGUGUACCUUUGGAGGAAUGUCCAGAACUGUUGCUUGAAACGGCCCGCCAAUGUUACCGGGGUGACUUUUCUCUGUCCUGUGGGGUCAACGAACUGGAGCCACAUGUAUGCUGUUCACGGCAGCAGCAGCAGCAGAUCCCACAGCCGGGUGGAUUCAACGACCGAAAUACCGAUGUCGGAUGCGGAAAAAGCAUCGUCCAAGGCGACUACUACCACGGCCUGGGGGCAUACCCCUUUGUGGCACGGGUCGGAUUCAAAAAUACAAAAACGGGGUCAUUCAUUUACCCUUGCUCUGGAUCCAUCAUCGCCCGACAGAUCAUCCUAACAUCGGCACACUGUGCUCUAGCCAAAGCCGAUAGCCAUCGAUUAUCAUCCGUCCGAAUUGGGGACUACGAUACACGCACGGACCCGGACUGCGGAAAUACCGGAUUUUGUGCACCGGCGGCCAUCAAUCACGCCGUUAGUCAGAUCAUUGUCCACCCGGACUAUGUGGAUGGCCAGUAUCACCAUGACAUAGCACUACUUGUGCUCAAAACGCCGAUCAAUUACACAGUGGCAGCGCAACCCGUAUGUUUACACAGACGCCGACAAGACUUGACCGUGGGAAGGCGCGUACAAAUCAUUGGCUGGGGUAAGCUAUCGACCAGUGGAACCAAAUCGCCCGAACUGCAAUCGCUGGAAGUUCCUCUGACCUCAUGGGAUCAAUGCGUGCGGGCGUACUCGGCCACGGGUGCCCUACAAUCUACCAAGUCCAUCGAAGGCGAGUGGAUGUGCGCCGGUGGUGAAGGUCGCGAUGCCUGCCUCGGCUUUGGGGGAGCCCCGCUGAUCAUAAAAGAACGCGGACGAUAUGCCCAGAUUGGAAUCAUGUCAUUUGGAGCGGAAACGUGCGGCGCGCUCAACAUGCCUAGCGUGUACACCUCGAUUGCGCAUUACGCGCACUGGAUCGAGUCCAACUCGCCGACGACCUUUGUGUGAAAUACAUAGGUAAAUCGCCCUAAUCGGGCAGGAAACGCCAAUUAGGUAGUCAUAAUGCAAUUUUUGUUGUAUGUUAGGUUAUAUUUUUAUGUGCAAAAUGUGUAACAAUAAAGUGCUAAUCUCACGAUCACCUGGAACAGAUGAGCGUGCCGUAAACGAGAAGA